AUGGUUGAAAACUUUGUUGACAUUCCAGAUGAUUUUUGCUGCCCAAUAACAGGAGACUUAAUGGAAGAUCCCGUUGUGGCAGCAGAUGGUCACAGUUAUGAGAGAGAAUCAAUUACAGCUUGAUUUCAGAGGAAAAAAACUAGCCCACUGACAGGCUUAGCUUUAAAAAGUACAGUCCUACUCGAUAAUCAUAGCUUAAAAGCAAUAAUCAACAAAUUUAAAGAAAACAUUCCAAAAAUUCAGCUGGAAAAUCAAAUUAAAAUCGAUUUACUAGAAGCCAUCAAUAUGAGAGAAGCAUUUCUUGAGGAUCACCUGAAAAAGGAAAAAGAGCAGCUUGGAAAUCUUGCUAAUUUGUACGGAGAAGAAAAAGAAAAAAAUUUGUCGCUCGAAAGAAAGCUUGCUACUUAUCUAAAACAGAUUAAAAAUCAAUCAGAUAUAAUUGAUACUCUCAAUAAAGAUGCUGAAGAUCUCGUAAGAAAAAGAUGACGAAAUAAAGUGACUUUAUGAAGAGUUGGGGAAGUCUCUUGACCAUAA